CGAGAGGCGACGGCUGACACACAAUCAACACCCAACAAGACAAAAUGCCCAAUUUUGCAGGCAACUGGAAAAUGAAAAGCAGCGAGAAUUUCGACGAGUUGCUCAAAGCUCUGGGUGUGAAUGCCAUGCUGAGGAAGGUCGCAGGGGCGGCUGCUUCCAAGCCUCACGUGGAGAUCAAGCAGAACGACGAGCACUUCUACAUCAAGACGUCCACCACGGUCCGCACCACCGAGGUCAACUUCCUCAUCGGUGAGGAGUUCAAUGAGGAGACGGUGGACGGCAGAAAGUGUAAGAGUCUGGCCACUUGGGAGACGGAAAACAAGAUUUACUGCAAACAGACUCUACUGAGCGGGAACGGCCCGAAAACCUUCUGGAGCCGAGAACUCAGAGGGGACGAACUCAUACUGACUUUUGGAGCCGAUGAUGUGGUGUGCACACGGAUCUACGUACGAGCAUAGCAGAAGAAGUCGUCCACAUGUUUCCAAAUUUGAAUGAGAUGCUCUCAUUUAUACAGCAAUGUAUCUCAAAACAGCUGCUUUAGAAACUUAUUGUUUUUGCAUCUUCAUAAAUCACAAUUUCAGAGCUGCAUAUAACUGUUCUGUUCCCACUUUUUGUAUAUAAUUUUUCUAGCAUUGGAAAUUAAACAAUCAAAGUAUGAUUUCUUCUUGUUAUAUUGUUUAACUCACGCUCCAUCUGCAUCUGGGUGUAAAAGACAGAUA